CACCUGGCUGAGGCAUCAAGCAGGGCAACACGCCACACCAGGCGCUAGUUCUCUGUAAGGCAGAUCAUCUAUCUGAGUAAUGGUGGCUGUUCACACGUAACAUUGUCAGUAAGACUUUUGUGAUGUACUAAAUUGUUUCUGCUUCUGAAGAGAAGGGAUAUCUCCCCAGUGAUAAGUAAUAAUUAGUGUUUGAUAUGGCGCAUACUGGUGAAAUUUUGAUAGUUUCUUGAAUCGCUGCUAAGCCUUCAAAGUAUGACGUGGUGCUUCUUCAACUGCAAAGAAAAGGCGUGGUGUAUCCCCAUGGCUAUGAUCGGGAGGCGUUGGACGAAGAUUAUGGCGGUGGUGGCAGUGUCUGUAGUGUGGAUCCUGCUUAGUGCUGAAGGCAGCGCGUCGCAGUCUCAGGAGAUAACGGACAUUACUCAUUUGGCUGACAAGGACUGCCCUCCUCUGCCAGUCCACAUAAUCUCUACAAAUAUCACGCUGGUUGCUCCUUCAGAAGCCCGCAUCUCUUGCCUGCCUGGCCACCACCUGUUCCCUGGCGGCAAUUCAGAACUGACUUGCUUACGGUUCAAGUGGAUGGCAGACGAUAUAGUGUACAGGUGGUGUCGCCCUUCGUGUCCCGCCUCGUGUCCAUCUAGCCAGUGUGAGAGGCCUGGCGUAUGCAUGUGCUCCGAUGUGCCCUGUCUGAUGUUCGGCCACGUCCUCCCAGGUGACGAGGUGGACGUGAAAGUGAAGGGCGCCGUGAUCUUGCCAGGCGGCAUCGGCGGGGCGUUGGGGACAUGUGAGAUGGGUUUCGAAGUGUCCCAUGGAGUGAGCCAGUUCGUAGUGCCUUUUGUUCACGGACAGUGGGUCGUGCCUAGAACUGGCUCCGGCGCAACGCUAGCCUGCCAUCGUGCCAACAACAGCUCUUUCUCGGGCUUGGCUGGCGCCCCCAACGAGACGUUGGAAUGCCGGAGUCAUUUCACUUGCCAUGAUAAACCCCACAUUCCAUCAGGCAUGACUUUGGCGCACCUUGACUGCACAACCUUCAUCCUGAAGUGCAAAGGCAACAAGACGUUGAAAGGUGGCGAUGAGGGUAAGACUCCCAUGAUUCGCUGCAUAAGUGGGUCGUGGGUGAAAGUGAACUGGAACCACGACAAGGUCUUGACGUGUGAACAAGACUGUGAUGUUCCCUGCCUCAACGGCGGUGUCUGUGAUAAUGAAGGGCGGUGCCGCUGCCCAGAUGGUUUCUACGACCGCCACUGCCAGCGCAUCUCCUGCCCUUCCCUUCCUCCACGAAUUCCAAAUGGAACUGUUUACAAAGACGAGGGGGACGCGCAGUUUAGAUUAAGUGGCUGGCAAGUGGAGUGUAACCCUGGGUAUCGCCUAGCUAGUGGGCGCAAGGGUAGGCAACGGUUGGUGUGUUCCCUUGGUAAGUGGGUGAUGUUGACCGAAAAUAAUCAGGAGGAAGUGAGGUGCGUGAAGCAGAGCAGCCCGAGGUGUUUCAACGCUGGGCAGUUCAAGAAUGGCAAGUGCGUGUGUUCAGUGGGCACGACUGGGAAGCUUUGUGAGGGACGUUUGUGUGCCGACCCGAAGCCCCGUGUCUUCCAUGGAUUCCUGGACCACAGCUCGUUCCCGAGCCUCUUUAUCAGGUGCCUGCCUGGUUAUGCCAUGCCGAAAGGAGAGGUGAAGAGGCAGGUGCUUUGCAACGAGACCACCGGUGAGUGGAUUGUUCCCAGCAAUACCAGGUGCGAUGUUGUUUGUAACAAUACUUGCUAUAAUGGAGGUUCGUGUGACCUGAUGAGUAUGUGUCGCUGCAAAGAAGGUUUUGCCGGGGAGCGUUGCCAAAAUGCUGUAACCAAUGAGUACAAGUGCAAACCCCCGCUACCAGAGAUACCUUACGCGGAAACUAUUGAUAGCAACCCGCCGUACAUCCAGUGCUACCCGAACUACACCCUUCCCUCGGGCAAGACAAAUGCUACCCUUCGCUGUUAUAAUAACCUCUGGGGACUGCAAGGUGAAUCAGAAAUCAUUGUAGAUACCUUGAUCGCUCUGAAUUGUUCUCCUAUCUGCCACCCAAACUGCAAGCCACCCAAGGUGUGUGCCUCUCCAGGGAUCUGCAUAUGUCCCUUUCAUCUAGAGGGCGAUCAGUGUCAGUAUCCAAUAACGCACUCCUGCGACGAGCCUCCGUCAGUACCCAAUGCCUUCGUCGAGAGAAAUACGGGAUUCGUGACUUGUCGGAAAGGGUUUGGUGUUGGAGGGUUCUACACCGUCACCAAGUGGCUCGCUCAUUGCUACUACAGCGUUUGGAUCUCGCCUUAUCCUCUGAACGAAGGCUGUAAACCGCUGUGCAACCCCGAGUGUUCCUCCAACGGCGUGUGCAUGGACAUCAAUUACUGUUUGUGCUCGGAACACUACUGCGGAAGAACUUGCGAGAUCCCGAUAUUUCAUGGACCUUAUCCUAUAAUAGACAACGGCCACCUCGAUAAUUGCCACAACGACGUGAUGGCGAAGUGUCUCUCAGGCUACAACUUUGAGGACAGUAGAUCAGAGAUUUCUCUCGUCUCCACCGACCACUCCAGAGAGAUUGAAAGUGAUCAGCCGUACAAUAUGACGUGUUACCCUAACUGUACCAUUCCUUGCGUCAACGGCGGAGAAUGCGUGGAAUACAAUUACUGCGAGUGUAGCGAAGGUUACCUUGGGAAGUUUUGCCAAUACGUUAGCUGCGACAUGGUGCCCAUCAACUUGCUCAAUAACGUGGUCCAGAAAAGCAACAACAUUCUGGUCGUGGAAUGCCUCAGGGGACUCACUUUUCCCAAUGGGGAAAGAAGACUUACGUUCAAAUGCAAUGGCGAGUAUUGGAUCUUCCCAGACAAGUACAACUCAACGUCAGACAUGCACUGCACCAAGAACUGCGACGAACCUUGCCAGAAUGGCGGCACCUGCGAGAUGUUGGGCCAUUGCCGGUGUCCCUCAGGCUUCACAGGGCACGUGUGCGAGUCCCGCAUCUGUAACGACUUCGUCCCGACCAUAGUUAAUGGAACCUACUCCUUCAUCAACGACUCUGUGCUCGUCAACUGCACAGGUAGUGCGUACAGCUACUGGAUUACAUGCGAGAACGGUAUCUGGGAGGGCGACUCCGUCUCAGAGGACGCCCCGUGCCCGAUCAUCUGUCCGCUGAACUGCAAACACGGUGGCACGUGCAUCCUACCUGGGGUAUGCGUCUGUACCGAGGAUUAUACGGGACUGGUGUGCGAGAAUCGCCUGUACGAUUGCCUGGUGCAGCCCCCGCUGAUAAUCAACAGUGAUAUAGCGUACAACUAUCGGAACGCUACGGUGGAAUGCCACGACGGAUUCGCUUUUUGGAACAACGCCACUACUCUCAAUCUGGGCUGCAAGCUCAACAAUUGGCACGCGGUAGAGAUGGACUACAUACCCAAGAUGUGUUACCCGUUCUGCGAGCCGGCCUGUCAGAACGAUGGCAUCUGUCUGGGCGGGAACCAAUGCCUGUGUCCCCGCGGCCUGACAGGACCGACUUGUGAAAAGGGAUCCCUUUGUAUCUCACCCCCAGAGGUGCCGCCCAACAUGGAACUGAAGAAUAUUAGCGGUGGUGUCUACGUGGCCACCUGCAAGAAGAAUCACACCUUUUCUUCCCCGGACAUCUCUUCCCUUAAAAUCACCUGUGAGGCAGGAGUGUGGUCCAAGAGUCACGUCUACGUUUGCAACCCUGUUUGCACUCUUCCCUGUCAGAACGGCGGCAUUUGUACUGGUGUGAACAUUUGCAGAUGCCCAGGUGGUACUCAGGGGUCCACGUGUGGCACCCUCGUAUUGGGUAAAUGUCGGGCGGAGGUGAAGUGGCAGAAUGUAAGAGUUACUGCCGUAAAUAAAACAGAAAAGUUGAUUGUCACCUGCAAUCCAGGCAACACCCUGUGGCCACCAGAUCUUGGUGACAAUUGGAAGCUUGUCUGCAAGGAUGGCAAAUGGUCACAAGUGCCAGUGAAGUUUAACGAGGAAUUCCCCUGCUUGCCGCGGUGUGAUCCUCCUUGCCUGGGUGGAGGCAAAUGCAUAGCACCGAGUCAGUGUUACUGUGGCAACGGCGUUUUCAUGGGAGACUGCACGAUGAGGAAGUGGUGUAACAGGUCGCCCCUUAUCAUCAAUGGUCUCGCCUACAGAUUAGCGCCGCGUCUAAUGAGAGUCGCCUGCCUGGAGGGCCGCCUGACAUAUGGGGGAAGUCGGAACGUGGUGCUGCGCUGCUUUGGUGACUACUGGGUCACCGCCAGCAAAACACCCAUAAUUGUUAACGACGUGCGCUGCAAUUUCACCUGCAAUCCACGCUGUAAGAACGGCGGCCGCUGCGUGGGCCACAAUAUGUGUUCUUGCAACAACGGCUACGCCGGUCCGUUCUGUGACUACCCAGGGUGUGGCACCGCGCCUCUCAGGGUGCAGCACGGCCAGCUGAACGUGACGUACGAGUCCUCCGCGGACAUGGUCUUCGGCACGGUGCGCUGCAAUGAUGAGUACCGCAUGGCGUCAGGUGAGCAGGAGACCAGCUUCCAGUGCCUGGAUGGCACGUGGUACUUUUCGGGAGACAUGUCGGGACACAAGUUGCUUGAGUGCCACCCGCUGUGUUCCCCUCCGUGCGUCAACCGUGGAACUUGCGUAUCACCAGGCCACUGUCUCUGCUCCGGAGGCUUCACUGGGAAGUACUGCGAGAUGCGACCCACAAUGGCUGUGAGCGGAAUAAAGUGCAAGUUUCCGUUCUUGUAUGGUCAUGAGAUGCACAUUUCGUGCAUUACCUUCAACAGCAAAAUCCCGUGGUGCGCCACGCAGGUCAAUGUGUUCGGGGAGCCGGUCAGCAUAGACUACUGCAACGCCACGCACUAUCUGGAGGAGGUGGUGGAGACCAUCUCGGGCCGCACGUGCGCCUUUCCCUUCAAAGCAAAAGGUAUUAAGGUUUGGGAGUGUGUACAGGACGAUAAGGAGAGGUCAUGGUGCGCUACCCACGUCAGCGGCACAGGGGA